CCAACAACAGGAACAAAUUUUCUUUAAAUAUCAGCUUCAUAGACCAGUGUAUAGCAAUACAUAAUAAGGACAGGACUACAUACCUGUUGGAAUGCAUGGGCAUGUACAUGAAGGAAGGUCGAGUUUGUUUUAACAUGUCCAGUAGGAGAGUGGACGGAGGGAUGGCUCAUCCUGAGGACGCCCCGAGGUGUGCUAUGCUAGACAACAGGCAGGACUGUGUAGAUCACUUUUUGAAAACGUAUCAAGACAGGCUAGAGGACUACGUGUAUAUCCUUUAUGAUGAAAAGAGCUUUAACCGGGAGAGAUGCUACAGCAAGUUCGACGUGCCGGCCAUGGUGUGCUUCGGGCCGCGCGACGGUGCAGGGGUGAAGCGGU